AACUCGGCGCGGGGGGAGCCCGAGCGCCGGGCGUGGGGGUGGGGAGCAGGCGGCGCAGGAGAGCGCCUCGAGUCCCCGCGCGGGAGGAGGAGCGGGAGCAAGCCGGGGAGACGGCGUUCCUGGCCGCACCUGCGCCCGGCGGGAGGCCGGCCCUGCCCUGCCCCUGCCCGCGGCCCCGGCCCGCACCGGGACACAUGGGAGCCGCCCGCCCACCAGCCGAGGAUUGGCUGAGCCCUGGGGCUGAUGCUUGCCCACACUGCUGAGAAUGACACCAAGGCCCAGCCAGGCACCAGGACAAAGGUUAACCUGGGACACUCCUGGACGGCGAUCCUGAUGUCUGUUCUGAGCCGCACACUCAAGGGUGUGAUAAGAGAAAGAGGCGAACGUCCAGUGAGCUGCUGGUUCUUCCUGACGCAGGCUUUCCCAGGGCUCUGAUCCCAGAGCUGAGCAAGGAGUGGGAGCUGACAUCCCAGCUGAUGACACUGUCUCAUGCCCCUGUUCCCUGCCUUCACCCCCAUCUCCUGGCCCCAGCCAGCACCUCCAGUUUCCCCCAUUCAUCUUGCGUGGACCAGGCGUGUUCUCCUGGCACGACCCUUGGACACGGCCUGACCUUGCCUAGGCUUGCUUGGCUGUCGGGUUGGUGCGCUGGGUGGAGGUGAAGACCUGACCUGCUUGGCAAGGAGGCUGCCCGGCUGCUAGCGAGGGCAGAGGCAGCAUGACCCUGCCUCAGCCGGCCCCAGUCGGCGCCAUGGCUUCCGCCGAGCCCCUGACGGCGCUGUCCCGCUGGUACCUGUACGCCAUCCACGGCUACUUCUGCGAGGUGAUGUUCACGGCGGCCUGGGAGUUCGUGGUGAACUUGAACUGGAAGUUCCCGGGGGUCACAAGCGUGUGGGCGCUCUUCAUCUACGGCACCUCCAUCCUCAUCGUGGAGCGCAUGUACCUGCGCCUGCGGGGCCGCUGCCCGCUGCUGGUGCGCUGCCUCAUCUACACGCUCUGGACCUACCUGUGGGAGUUCACCACCGGCUACAUCCUGCGCCAGUUCAACGCCUGCCCCUGGGACUACUCCCAGUUCGACUUUGACUUCAUGGGCCUCAUCACCCUGGAGUACGCCGUGCCCUGGUUUUGCGGGGCCCUCAUCGUGGAGCAGUUCGUCAUCCGCAACACCCUCCGCCUCCGCUUUGACAAGGACGCCGAGCCCGGGGAGCCCGGCGGCCCCCUGGCCCUGGCCAACGGCCACGUCAAGACUGACUGAGUGGGGGCCUGGUGGGUGGGGCCCAGGGGUCUCUCAUGGACCGUGUGGACAAAGGUACCAAGCUGGUGGGGUUGCCCUUUCUGUACAGCACAAGCCCUGCCCCCGCCGGCCUCAGCCCGGUAGGGCGCUCACAGCCCGCACACCCUCCACUGUGGGCGGGCACUGGGGGCGUGGUCAGGAGUGGGGGCGUGGCCAGGUGUUGGCGGUGGGGUGUGAGGCAGCAGAGGGACUUGGGGAAGGGUCCGUGGAUCUCAGCCCAGCUCGGAGGCUGGCGGCGGGAGGCCUGUGGCUAAGCAGCAACUGGACUACGUGGAUGACUUUGGAAGCAGCAGGCCCUAUCCUGGCUAAGGGACUCAGAGAACGGGCAGAAGGUGGGAGGCAAGGCCUGCGGAGGCUUGGGGCUGCUGUAGCGGCCGCCUCUCUCCCUCCCACCUUGUUUAGUCGGGCUUUGGCUGGUUCCAUUAGGCAAUAUUCAGGUGCUUGCUUGCAACCAAUACCUCCCUGGGGGCCUGCUGAGCUGCAGCCUGAGGAGAGACUAGGCAGCCAGGAGGCUGCUUGGCAGCAGUGUUGGUCUGCAAGGGCUGGGAGGCCUUCCCUUGGCUCCUCUCCCCUCCCCCAGGGCCCCACGCUGCUCCCUUGGCCUUCUGGGGGCCCCCCUGGUGCUGGAUUCCCACCAACCUUGGGCUUUUGGAGGUUUUAGUCCCUGUGUGUUCGGUGGCGUUUCCCCCUUUUCUCUCUUAUUUUCAAGGCCUUUACCACUAGCAGCCCCUUUGUCCAUGUCAGUCACCCCACCCACCCCCAUCCCCAGCUCCCUAGCCAACACAGCAGCCGCCAGAGAUAGAACCCUGAGGCAGACCCUGCCCGCCCUCCUGCAGCCUUCCCUCUGCUAUUUCUGCUGGCUCGGUGACCGGGAACACCUCCUCACCCCUGGUCUGAUGGGCUGUGGCAGUGCUCGGGUGCUCUUCUCCGUGCCCCCUCCCCGCAGUGACCCAGCUGAAAACGAAUAAUACCCCCAACGCACAGUUAGGCCAAGAUGGACCCCGUGAAUCCACAAUGGGGACCUAGAGACAAAUCAAUUCGGGGUGGUGGUGGUGGGAGGGGUAAAGACACCUGACUGGUUAAUUUUCAAGCGAGUCAGGGGCAAUCUAGCUUUCUAGGGGAUGGAGGUGUUGGAGACCCAUGGAGAAUGAGGGCGAGAGAAAAAGAGGAGGGCCUUUCAGCUUUGGGAGGGUCUUUGGAGCAUCCUUAGUGGGAAGGCCUCAGUUCUGAUUCUGCAAUAGCCCCAGCCCUGCAGCCAAACCUCCUCAGGACUUCCCCCUCCCCUGCUCCUCCCCCGCAAGGCUUUGACCCUUUGAGCUCCUUAAACAGUAUUAACCCUGCCAUGCUCAUGGUCGUUGUCAUCUCAGUUGCUCUGCCUUCCCCCGUGACAGGUCCAUUGCUGGCAGUGGACACGUGAAAUCCUCACUCCAGCCCACUUCCGGCUCCGCCCCCAGCUCCCCGAGGGGAGGAGUCUAUCAGAAUGGCUGCCUAUCCGAUGGUACAGUCUCUUCUUGACCACACUAGGACUCUUAGGUAGAAAUUAACCUUUCCCUUUUUAUAGGUCAUUAAAAGGUGAUAAUUCCACCCGUGGAGAGAAUCUCCUCUUGCUGGGCUGCAGCUCCACCUAGACCUCGCAAACAGCACCAGCCAGGGUGGGGGUGGGCUGGGGGUGGGCAGGAGUGGUGUCCCGGAUUGGGAGAAAGGCUGGGAGACUUUGUGCAGUUGACCCUGUCCAGGACAGGAAGAAGGGUGUUUCCUAGCCUCUGCGGCCUGGCCAGGCUCCUCAAAUCCAGGGAUGAACUACAUUCUCCAGGAGCCAGCCCUACCUUUGACCUUACUGUGACCCCAAUUCCAGGGCCCUGGAGCUUCCAGGGAUUCAGGCUUCCAGUGGACGGGUAGAUUGCUUUCCAACUACAGGUAGAGGGGAUUCCAGAGGGAAAAUAUUGUCUGGCUUCUCUGUUCCAUCUAGGUCAUUGUUUCGUUGGUCCUCUCCCCCAACUCUUCAUUUUAUCUCAGUCUCCCGGACCCCAACACUCCUCCAUGUGGGCCCCUAGACCACACCGCCCACCUUUGCUCUCCCCUUCCACGAUAGAAUCUGGUGGUCAGCAUGUUGAUGUCUCCCAGCAUAAGGCCUGCAUAAUUCUCAGCCAGAGCAAGCCCUUGAAUGGCCCACUGGGUCUGGCCACUCCAAUUGUUGCCCCAUGGGCUUUCCCUGGCACCAUCAUCUCUCUGAGCCCUAUAAACCCAAGUGCAGGAGGUCUCGGAGUAAACUUGCCUGCCUGGCAAUUGGCAGAGCAUUGUGUUUCUGCUUCAUCCAGGUGCCCCAUGGCUCCUGUUAUCCCUAGUAGGGCGCAGAGCCCCCAGCAAAGGAAGGUGAUGACCUGGGGCUUGACCACAGGAUCUGCAGGCUCAGAGCUCACCAGGGGCAGCCCAGACUUCAACUUUUGCUGUUUUGGGUAUCUUCAGGGCCCCAAUCCCUUAGUGCCCAGGGACCCAAAGUUUGGAGUAAUCCCAGCCCUGCCAAGCAGUAGGGGUGCUGGCGGGGAGAGUCUGCUUGCUGUUUAUAAACCUCUGGUGUCCUGGGCCUCUCUCCACUGGACAUGGCAGCAUCUCUGAGUUACAGAUGGUCAUGUGCUGCCCUGCAUGGUUGAACUGCUUCUGAUGUCUGCUAGGCAUCCUGUCACAUGUGCCCUGUUCCCUCUGAUGCCAGUGAGUCACAAUGGCCUAUGCCUAUGCUUAUUCACAGCAAUAAUACCUGGGGAGCGCCCAUGGGGUCCUUUUGUCUGGUCCCUCCCUCUCUGCAUGGGUCUCCUGGAGAGGCAGCGCUGAGUGGGUCAGUUCCUGGGAAUCUGUGUUUACGAAGCUCUGGGCUGUGCAGACAUCAUCGCAGGGGAUGCAGAAGGGAGAGAGGCCCAGCCCUUGAGGAGCCAUGGCUAAGGCAGGCGGAUUACCUUCCACCCUGAGGCCACCCCAGACCUGGAGGAGCUGCAGGUCUUGGCUCUGCAAAAGGGCCUUGGAAGUGGGUGGGACUGUCUCCAUACUGCGGAAGCUCUUCAGAAGAACCCCCGGCUGGUUGGUUCGCCCAUUGCCUGCUCUGUCUCCAUUGGUCUCUGUCUCUUCCUUUUGAAAUUCGUGCACAUGAAAUAUACUGGUGUUUGUGUGUCA